UAUUUCUCCAUCAUCAGACAACGUUGACUUUCCUUUCCUUUCCGACGAAGCUGAAGUUUCGAAGAACAUUCGAUACGUGUUUGCAAUUGCCUCACCCUAGGUCACCCUCGCCCCUUUCGUUUCUUUCAAGCCCUCUUUCCGUGAGGCCUUAGAAACAUAUUCAUAUUAGAUCUCGACGAUGAGUUUUGCAACGCCUGGAUUUGAUGUUCUCAACCGACUUGCUCUUCGCAUCGACCCAGAUGCAAAGGUGUUGAUUUGCUGCCGGUCAACCUGUCGAUACGCACUAUCCGUGAAAGGGUCUGCUGUUACCACGCACCUGAGAGUAAAGCACCAGGUUGAACAUGGUGAGCGUAAGGGCUUAACCGAAUUCCUCAAAGGUCUGGGCCAGUCAUAUCUGGGUGAUCCCAGUGCUGCGCCGCUCCCCAAAGACGGCUGCUCGGAACAUCCUGACUUGCGCGUCUACGAGGGGUAUGCCUGCCGGAAAUGCCCACUCCGUACCACCAACUUCUCGUCUCUAACGCGCCAUAUUUCCACUCAGUAUUUCCAAGGUCAGCCUCCCGGAAAGCGCGAGCUAGAUGAAUUUUACGAUGAGGUAUGGCUACAGGCAUGGACAGCGGGGUCAAACCAGUCUCGAAGGUAUUGGAUUGUUAGUCGUGGUGGUCUUGCUACACGGACCAGUGAUGCUAUCCAAGCUCAUCUCGCAUCUAUUAAAGAGCAAGAACGACUUUCGAACUCCGGUAAAGACAUACCAACCCACACGGAAUCAGGAGGCAUGAGAACAAAUAGCCAAGGAGACCUUCUCAGAUUUGAAGAGCAGACCCCAUGGAUCGAAAGGACAGGUUGGGAUAAGACAUAUCACCAGGGUUGA